AUGACUAUCAAAAAUAGUGGUAUCUGGGUCUUAGGCUACGGAUCGCUGAUCUAUAAGCCUCCGUCUCAUUAUACGCAUAGAAUCCCCGCAAUUAUUCAUGGUUUUGCACGUCGGUUCUGGCAGAGCUCCACCGAUCAUAGAGGUACGCCUGAGAGCCCUGGUAGGGUGGCUACGCUGAUUCCGCACGAGGAAAUCGUAAACCAGGCCGGUUUCUUGAAGAACGUGAAUCUGUACAGCAAAAGCGCGCCCAUUCAGGGUCCAGAAGACUUGAUCACAAUAGGGGUGGUAUAUUAUGUUCCACCUGAACACGCCCAAGAGGUAAAGGAGUAUCUGGAUGUUAGGGAGCAAAACGGAUACACGAUACACGAGGUUGAAGUGCAUCUGGAAACUGAUCAGGAACACGAGGUAGAGCUGGGCGAAGCGCUGGAGCAGUUGCCUCGCCACAACAAAACGGGCAAACCAGUGCUGCGCACCACAGUGUACAUUGGUACUGUCAAUAACGAGGCCUUUAUUGGGCCAGAGGCUGUGGAUGAAACUGCAAGAGUCAUCGCUACGUCGCACGGACCCAGCGGUUCCAACUAUGAAUACCUCGCAAAGCUGCAGCAUGCACUUGUACAAAUGCCCAUAAUGAAAGAGGGAAUGCUCAUUACCGACCACUACCUGACAGCUCUAUUGGAAACGGCGGAUAAAUACAGAUAA